AUUGGAACACCCCAAGGAAACACUAGAUCCACCACUGAAGUUUCUAGUUUUGUCAUACCUGAAGCUUGUAGAGAUACAUUGAAUUGUAAAGUGUUCAAUUCGGAGAGGAUAUGCAACAAGACCGGAAUAUACUUUCCAUGGGCAACAAAAAACUGUCCACUAUACUGCGGAUUCUGUCAAGCACCGACAGUAACAAUAGCGUGCCAGGACAAACUUUCCAAUUGUAACGAAUAUCAAAGUAAUUUAUGCAUCGAGCCUCUUUAUCGUUUAUGGAGGGAAGAAAACUGUAGAAAGUUUUGUGGAAUUUGCACAGGCGUGACAUCGAACUUUGCAAACGCGGGUCCAGUAGUUCUGGAGGAAAAAUCAUGGUCCACGACUAGCAACCCAUCCAUGACUGGUGCAUCUGCAUGGACAACACCCAAAGUGUGCAUGGACACCCAUCCUUGUGCUGUAUAUAGAAAGGAAGAGAUUUGUAGAAGGAGUGGACCAUUCUAUCAAUGGUCUGAGAAAAAUUGUCCGCUGUACUGUGGAUUUUGUCAGGCGCCAACUAUAACUGUACCCUGCGAGGACAAACUUUCUAACUGUAAUCAAUAUGGUCAAGAUAUGUGUACCAAUAGUCGUCAGAUUUUAUUCAGGGAGAAAAAUUGUAGAAAAUAUUGCAAUAUUUGUUCAGGUACAGACUCUGUAGUAGACAUGUUUUCCAUGCUGGGAUAAUGUAAAUUAUCAAAAUUAUAUUCGUGUAU